GGCAUGAUUGGACGUAUGUCGCAACCAUGGACUUCACUAAUUGCACUUUCAUUCAUGGUAUUUUAAUUUUUCUGUGCGUCGGUUGUGUUCAAAACAAAAGAAAAUUAAAAAAAAAUGCAGACGAUAUCAGUGAGUCGAACUCAGAUCUUCAUUUAAACUCGUUGCAACUGCUCAAGAGAUACGGUUAUCCGUCGGAAAGACAUUCAGUGGUUACAGACGACGGGUACAUAGUGAAUUUGUUCCGAAUACCGAGGCGUGGCCCUCCAGUGCUCCUAGUUCACGGAAUCGGCGACAGUUCCGACUGCUGGCUGGUUUUGGGUCCGACGAACUCUCUCGCAUUCUUGCUAUCCGACGCCGGUUUCGACGUUUGGUUGUACAACGCAAGAGGCAAUAAAUAUAGCAAAGGACAUACCCGAAAUCUUUCCAGCAAACAGUACUGGAAUUUCAGCUAUGAAGAGAUGGGGUCUCAGGACUUGCCCGCCACUAUUGAUUAUAUCCUGCGUGCCACGUCCCAAACUAAACUGUCGUACGUAGGGUUCUCUCAAGGGACCACGAUAUUCCUCGUAAUGUGCAGCAUGAGACCCGAAUACAACGACAAAAUUAAACAUGCCAUUCUACUGGCACCGGUGGCCUGGUUGAGCCAUUUGAAGUUCCCGUUCAUUGAUAUAUUGACGCAGAAUUUAGAACAGCUGACAGCGUUAGCCGAGAACAUAGGCUUGUACGAAUUGUUUUCCGAGAACCCUGCGCUGAAUUUAUAUCACGCUCAAGUGUGCAAUAUUUCAAGUCCAGCGAAAGUUUUAUGUGAUUUAGAGUACUAUUUUAGUUACGGCUUGAAGAAUAUAAGUAAUUUGCCGGUGGAUAGAUUGCCGGUGAUAGCUAGUCACAUUCCGGCGGGGUCGUCCGCUAAAACUUUUGUGCAUUUUAUGCAGGGAUAUGUAAGUAAAAGGUUUCAGAGGUAUCACUAUUACGGAGGCGGUAAAAAUACAGACACGUUUGGGUCACCCGAGCCGCCUGAGUACAACGUGUCUCAAGUCAGUGCCCCAGUGACGCUCAUGUGCAGUGAAGUCGACUGGUUCAGUGGUUACGAAGACGUUCAAACACUCAGAAAAUUCCUACCCAAUAUUGUUAACUAUGUAAUGUUUAAUAAAAAUAUGGACUUUACACAUCUCGAGUUUGUUUUCGGAGCUCGAGUAAAGGCUUUAAUUAACGAUCCUGUAAUUCGUUUGUUGAGAUAUCUUGAAUAA